ACGGAGGGCAUCUCCUCUUGCCGAUUUCUUAGGAAGAUUGAAAGAGCGAUGCGGCCCAACAAUGAAAUAAAUCCGUCCGAACCGCACCCGCGUUGCUGCACCGUGGGAGUGGAGAACCGUAAUUAUACCUGCAGAUGUUCCCCGUCUAGAAUUUCUCCGAUUUUACAUCAGGCUUUUCUUUGUGAUACGUUUCACUAGUACCUAGCCUGCUGUUCUUCAGACUGCAGAUUUCUUCGUUCAUCACUCCACGGCUGGUUGAUACGGAGUUUUCAUGAUGUACCGUUUCAUCAACUUGAUCAUUACUUUAGCUCCUUUAGCGACAGUUCUCUGUAAUGCCAAAGUGCUUUGGUCAUCGACGUCGGCAACCAAUUACUCGAACAUCAUCCGAGAGGCAUACUUGCUCGGCAAUGGCAGGCUAGGGGCAAUGCCGUUUGGCUCUCCUGGAAAUGAGAAGAUUGUCCUAAACGUCGAUUCGCUCUGGGCGGGUGGGCCGUUUGGCGCCACCAACUAUACGGGCGGAAAUCCAAGCGAAGAGAAGUACACCUAUCUUUCAGGAAUACGUGACUGGAUUUUCCAAAAUACUACCGGAAACGUGUCCCAGCUUCUAGGAAAGAGCGACGGCUAUGGCUCGUAUCAGGUCAUGGGCAAUCUAUCAGUAUUACACAAUGCCACUAUGAUGCCCGGCACAUACCGAAGACAACUAGAUCUCGAUACCGGAAUACACACGACGGUUUUCUCCGAUGUCGUUGGCAACGCGUUCACGGCAUCCAUACUCUGCAGUUAUCCGGACCAGGUCUGCAUCUACCAGCUGGACUCAAAUGGCACACUACCGGAGCUUUCUAUUAGACUAGAAAACCAACUUGUGAACAGCACGCUGGCAAAUUCCACAUGCGGCCAUGGCUACACUGGGCUUACCGGAAUCACGCAGGUGGGGCCGCCCGAGGGCAUGAGGUAUGAAGGCGUGGUAAGGAUAGUCGGCGCAGGUAAUAUUUCUACCAGAUGUGACGAAGAGCGAGGACUCAUGGUAGUCCCUCGAACCUCUGGGCUACGAUCUCUCAGCAUAGUCGUUGGCGCAGGGACCAAUUACGACCAGACCAAAGGCAAUGCGGCAUCCAACUUCUCGUUUCGCGGCGAUGACCCAGCGGAGUAUGUCCAAAGUGUUACAUCUGAAGCUGCCUCUCAUUCUUCGAGUCAGCUCAGGCAGCGGCAUCUUAACGAUUAUCAACGCCUUUCAAGCGCGUUCACGCUAGACCUUCCGGACUCAGAUAAUUCAUCCAAUGUGGAAACGUCAGUCCUCUUUGGUCGGUAUGAUUCCAACAAUGGGGAUCCGUACGUAGAAUCUCUGCUCCUCGACUACUCUCGCCAUCUUCUCAUCUCAUCAUCAAGGGACAACUCGCUUCCCGCGAACCUCCAAGGACGCUGGAGCCCAGACUUAGCGGCUGCGUGGUCAGCCGACUAUCACGCCAAUAUCAACCUGCAAAUGAAUUACUGGGGUGCUGAGCAAACCGGCCUAGGAGAAAUCCAGCACGGCUUAUGGCGCUACAUGCAAGACACAUGGGUUCCGCGAGGCACGGAAACAGCGAAGCUACUAUACGGAGCACCCGGCUGGGUCACCCAUGAUGAGAUGAAUGUUUUCGGACAUACUGGAAUGAAGGAGGAUGCACAAUGGGCCAACUAUCCCGCGUCAGCUGCUUGGAUGAUGCAGCAUGUUACCGAUCAUUUCUCCUAUUCUCAGAAUAUGACUUGGUUGAAGGAAACGGGAUAUCCGCUCUUAAAAGGCGUAACGCAGUUCUGGCUCUCGCAGCUCCAAGAAGACCGGUAUUGGAAUGAUGGGACACUCGUCGUAAAUCCAUGCAACAGCCCUGAACACGGUCCUACAACCUUUGGAUGCACGCACUACCAGCAGCUUCUGCACCAACUCUUCGCCAACAUGCUCGUUCUCGGCCCUCUCGCUUCUGAGCCCGACUCCGCCUUCAUCACCAACAUCAGCAUCACCUUGUCUCGCCUCGACAAAGGCUUCCACCUCACGUCCUGGGACGGCGUCAAAGAGUGGAAGCUCCCCGACCCGGAAGAUUCCCAAGUCUACGACUUCCAAAACGACACUCACCGCCACCUCUCGCACCUCUGGGGCUGGUAUCCUGGCCUCAGUCUCUCCUCCCCAUCCGCCUCUUUCCUCUCCGGCUACACGAACCGCACUAUCCAAGAUGCAGUCGCUACAUCUCUCUACUCGCGCGGCAUCGGCAAUGGGCCAGACGCUAAUAGCGGAUGGGAGAAGGUAUGGCGCUCAGCAUGCUGGGCACGUCUCAAUAACACCGAGCGCGCAUAUUUUGAGCUCAAGUACGCAAUCGAGCAGAACUUUGUGGGGAAUGGACUGAGUAUGUAUUCGGGGAAGAAUCCACCGUUUCAGAUUGAUGCGAAUUUUGGGUUCGCGGGCACGGUGCUUAGUAUGCUGGUUGUGGAUGUGGAGGAGGUCGGCAUGGGUGGAGACGAGAGGACGGUGGUACUGGGGCCAGCGAUUCCGAAGGAGUGGGGGAAUGGGAGCGUGAAGGGGUUCAGGAUUAGGGGUGGGGGAGCAGUGAGUUUCGGAUGGGAUGCGGACGGGAAGGUGAGCUGGGUUAAAGGGGAUAAUGAGGGAGUGAGGUUCGUGGAUAAGGAUGGGAAGGAGAUCGUCGCCUAAAGGUAAGUGUACAUGCUGUGUAGAGUUGGCAGGAAAAUGGCUUCGGAGUCCUAUUAACCUUGUGGCCCUCCAAUUCUAGGAGAUGCCACUUCGAGAGGUAUGAUCGUAAUGCGAUCGAUACAUACUGUCACUGCUGGAUGUGUUUAGAC